CUCAUUUCUGACAGCUGGUGUCGAGUCACUAGACCUCAGAGCUGCUACCACGGGUCUUUCCAGCCUUGCAAUGAGUUCAGCUACUUGGUUAAGCUGACAGCUAAGCUACAUUACCUUGUGCAAAAUUAAGCAGUGCUUGGUCAGUCCAUCAUCUUGCUAGACAGUGAAGGAAGUCAGAGAGUCUCCAGUUGGAUGGAUAACUAGCGGCUGGCAUACCCCUGUCCGGAGGAGAUAAGAGGCUGGUUAAAACCAAGAGAAUAUUUUUAGACUCUUCCAAAUAUCGCCUGUCUUUUGUUUGUCACAGGACUUGUCAUGUCUCCCUUUCUGCGUAUUGGUUUAUCCAAUUAUGACAGUGGCCCUUACCUGCCAUCCCAGGGGGAGGUGAUUAAUCCUUACUGUGCUGUGAUGGUUAAAGAAGCCGUGGAGUCAGAAAAUGGCCAAGUGUACGUGCAGAAGAAGCCCACCAUGUACCCACCGUGGAACAGCACUUUCGAUGCCCACAUCAACAACGGCAGGGUCAUGCACAUAGUCGUCAAGGACAAAAGUGCCGAAAUGGUCUCAGAGACCACAGUGGAACUCAAGGUGCUGGCGGAGAGGUGUAAAAAGAGCAAUGGGAAGACAGAAAUAUGGCUAGAACUGAAACCUCAAGGGCGAAUGCUGAUGAACGCAAGAUACUUCCUGGAAAUCAGUGAUGCAAAGAACCUAGCUGACUGUGAGACCGAAGGCUUUUUCUCCUUGCAUCAGCGCAGGGGAGCCAUCAAACAGGCCAAAAUCCAUAAUGUCAAGUGUCACGAGUUCACAGCCACCUUCUUUCCACAACCUACCUUCUGCUCCGUUUGUCAUGAGUUUGUCUGGGGUCUGAAUAAACAAGGCUAUCAAUGCAGACAGUGUAACGCUGCCAUUCAUAAGAAGUGCAUUGAUAAAGUAAUAGCCAAGUGUACAGGAUCAGCAGUCAAUAGCAGAGAAACAAUGUUCCACAAGGAGAGGUUCAAGAUUGACGUGCCUCACCGCUUCAAAGUCUACAACUACAAGAGCCCUACGUUCUGUGAGCACUGUGGCACGCUGCUCUGGGGCCUUGCACGGCAAGGACUGAAGUGUGAUGCAUGUGACAUGAACGUCCAUCACAAGUGCCAGACAAAAGUAGCAAACCUUUGUGGAGUUAACCAGAAACUAAUGGCUGAAGCUCUGGCAAUGAUAGAGAGCACCCAACAGGCUCGAUCUCAGCGUGACACGGAACAGAUCUCCAGAGAUGGACCUCUCGAAAUCGGCCUCCCAGUUCUUGUGAAGGAUGUAACACCUCUUCAGGCAUUGCCAACAUCUACAACAGGAAAAAAAGAGCCACAGGGCAUCUCCUGGGAGAUUCCAGUGGAGGGCACAGGGAAGGGAGAGUCUCUAACAGAAUCGGACCUGGGAGGAGAGCAGCGCCAGGUACAGCAAGAGGACCAAGUGCAGCUAAAACUAACCAUUGAAGAUUUUGUCCUGCACAAGAUGCUGGGGAAGGGCAGUUUUGGCAAGGUGUUCCUUGCUGAGCUGAAGAGCACAGACCAGUAUUUUGCCGUGAAAGCCCUGAAGAAGGAUGUGGUGCUGAUGGAUGAUGACGUUGAAUGCACGAUGGUGGAGAAGAGAGUCCUCUCCUUAGCUUGGGAGCACCCGUUCCUCACUCACGUCUUCUGUACGUUCCAGACCAAGGAAAAUCUCUUCUUCGUGAUGGAGUAUCUCAAUGGAGGAGACCUCAUGUUCCAUAUCCAGAAUUGUCAUAAGUUUGACCUUCCCAGAGCCACGUUCUAUGCUGCUGAAAUCAUAUGUGGGCUGCAGUUCCUCCAUUCAAAGGGCAUAAUAUACAGAGACUUGAAGUUAGACAACGUCCUCUUGGACAAUGAGGGGCACAUCAAAAUUGCUGACUUCGGGAUGUGUAAGGAGAACAUGUUUGGAGAUGCAAAGACAAGUACUUUCUGUGGGACUCCUGACUAUAUCGCUCCGGAGAUAUUGCUGGGGCAGAAGUACAACACCUCCGUUGACUGGUGGUCCUUUGGUGUCCUUCUGUAUGAGAUGCUUAUUGGCCAAUCUCCUUUCCAUGGCCAAGAUGAAGAGGAGCUUUUCCAGUCUAUACGUAUGGAUAACCCAUUCUACCCUCGCUGGCUUGACAAGGAUGCGAAGGACAUUUUGGUGAAGCUUUUUGUGAGAGAACCUGAGAGGAGACUGGGAACAAAAGGGAACAUCCGCCAGCACGCCUUUUUCCGGGAAAUAAACUGGGAGGCAUUAGAAGAAAGAAGGAUUGAGCCUCCUUUCAAACCAAGAGUGAAAUCUCCAAGUGACUGUAGCAACUUCGACAAGGAAUUUCUGAAUGAAAAGCCUAGACUAUCCUGUGCUGACAGAGCACUGAUUAACAGCAUGGACCAAAAUAUGUUCCGCAACUUCUCUUUCGUGAACCCUAAAAUGGAGAAAAUAUUUUCCUGAGAUCUGUUUUACUGAAGGAAUUCUCUGUAAUGGUUUGAGUAACACUUUGUCAGCUGAAGACUGCGUGGUUAUUUUAACCAAGAACCCACCAGAAAAGCACAUCAGUGAAAAUUCAUACCAUGCCUGAAGGCUUUCAGCUCAUUCCAGUCUGUAGCAGAUGCCAGUCACGUUUCACUAAUAAUGAAGUAUCUUCGUGGUAUCUUUUGGUCUCUAUUCUCUCUUUUUCCAAUGUUCUUGAAGUUGAGAUCAUCUGAAAAUGAAGAGGUGCCAAAACCUGUUCCUCUUUACUUGUACCUACAGCCAAUGGGUUUCUCUAUAAGAAAAGCAAGCAUAUUUGUUCUUCUAGUGUUGUCAUUCCCCUUUUCUGCAAUUCUCACUUAGGCCCACCACCUUCUGAAGGAUGAGUGGUGAACUCAGGGCCUGAGGGCAUCUGGGAAGACUUCAGGUUGAGUGUUUUUUCAACCUCCAUUUGUACAUGUGCAGGACUGUGCCUGUGAUGAGGUUUGAAGAAGGUUUGUGAACUCCCCUCACACUUUAAAAAUAACCCUUGCAGGUAUUGGAAUUUAAUGCUAUGCCAUAAUGUCCACUGAGACAAAUAAACUUAGUAGGUGCUCAUUCCAGCAUUCAUAUGUCUCAGCCAGAGGCUGUGAAACCAAGGGCUCAACCAUGAAGGAAGAUCACAACAAUAGCAAGUGUCAAUAUCCAUACAGAAACCCAAAGGUUUUAUCUUUGUACUUGAGCAGAAAAGAUGGGAAGUUGCCGUACAGAAGAAAGCAUUGAAAACUCCUUUUCUAAAGCUUUAACUGUCCCCAAACACACCAGAUUCAGAGCAAAAUCUGCACUGGUCUUUCUGGAGUUUUACUCUAAAUGUGCAUCAGAAAUAUGGAAAAGUUUUCCUCAAACCAUUCUUUAAGCAUCAUAAAAUUGGCCUUUCAGUCACAGCAUUGGCAUAUUUUACUGGAAUGCUAAUAACCAGUCCUUGUAAAGGUUGAUAUGCUUCCUACAGCCCUACAUGGUGUCCCAACUCCUUGAAGACGUGAUGGGCAUUGCAGAUGUGACGGGCACACUGCAGGACUGCACACCAGGAGAGGGUGACCCUCUCCCUCACCCCAUGAUAUUUUGUGGCAUAUUCUACCUCUUUGCAGCCUGUGUAUACAUAGGUGGGUUAAAAAUAAUCUCGUCUGCGAUCCGUUCAUGGCAGAAUCCUUUUAAAUAAAAAUGCACUGUUUUCAGAGGUUGGAGAAAUGCAGAACCUCCCAGUUACUGCUUGCCACGGAGACAUUAGGUAAAUGCUGGAUCAAAAUCAAAUCAAAACCCCAAAUGAGAAUUCUGUAAUAUAUAUGUAAUAAAUGUUAAGGAAUUAAGCAGUCAUCCCAGCUGGUGUUAGGCUGUAACUGAAGCAUGUAAAUUUGAAGCUUCAUUGCAAGAACUCCUCCAGCCCAUUAAGAGACAUUCUAGAAGGUGAGUCAUCCCAAAUUCGGAUUGUUUUCGGAGGUGCCCUUCUGGAUCCACUGGAACGGGCACUUAACACGGACCUCCCAACAGGAUGAAUGCAGUCUUGCAGGCUGUGCAGCCACUGUGGGAUAUCGCUGGUAGCAGCUGCAGGCACUGAAUCCUGCAGGACCAACAGCAGAAGUGCCUAAAAUCAAUGAGAAAAGCAAAUUGCCUUGAAAAAGGACUCAUGCUGGUGACUUUUGUAAAAUCCUUGCUUGUGCUGUAUGGAGUGUAAUGGGGUUCUGUGCACACAGUUUGUGCAGCUGGUCAUCGUGUUUAAUUUGAAUGGUAAACAUGGAUUUCUAAAAUGCUAGUGCAGUUUGUACAGUUUAAUAAAAUGUUGUGUACAAUUGGAAAAUGUAGAAGUGAUUAAAUGGGGACAAAAAAC